GAUAGGUUGAGCCGGGUUGAGCCGGCCAAAACCGUCAGUUGGGCCGCGAACCGGAGUUGGGCCGCGAACCGGGUCCGGUUUUUAAAAGCCGGACGGUUCUAUUUUUUUUGCCCCAUAUAUUUUAGAAAGAAUGCAGAACAAACCAGAGUCGCAGACAGAGGGAUACCGGCACCGCACGCACGCUCAGCUCUUAGAUUGCAGCUCGCAAGUUUGUCACGGUUUCAGAUCUCUCGUCUCUUUGAGCUACAAAGUCACCGUUCGGUACCGAUUUUCAGAUCGCCGCAUCUGGUUUGGCUUCUUGUUUCUAUUCUCGGUUUCACGGUUUCAAUUCAGAGCUGCGAACUGCGAAGUCACGGACUCACGGUCGGCGCAUCUGAAAAUGACAUCUGAAAAUGCUUCAACUACUGCAUCAACACAAUCUGUUAGAUCAAAGACAGAUCCUACAUGGGAGCAUUGUGCUGAGGUCAAGCUCCCAGAUGGCAAAAUUCGCCUAAAAUGUUUGUACUGUGCAAAAGAAUUUGCUGGUGGAGGGAUUCAUAGAAUGAAACAACAUCUUGCUGGAAAGAAAGGGGAUGCAAUAAGUUGCAAAAAGGUGCCUGCUGAUGUUCGCUACCGACUUGAAGAAAAUUUAAAGGAGAUUAGGGAGAAUAAAGGCAAAAGGCAAGAUAGUUAUGAAGAGGACAAUCCAUAUGGCCCUAAUGUCACACCAUUAGAAAGUCAUGAUGGAAAUUCAGAAGAAAUUUCUACUCCUCAAUCUCAAACCCUCAAGGAAAUUCAAUCACAAAGUCAAACGCAACUUGGAAAAAGAAAGGCUCCUAUUGACAAAUAUUUUGCACCAAGAACAACCCCAGGAGCACAGCCAGGGAUACGAAGUGCGCUUGCAGGUAAAGAACCUAUACGUAGGGCAGACAUGGCUUUUGCUAAGUGGAUGUAUGAUUGUUGUAUCCCAUUGAAUGUUGUCAAUUCAGCAUUCUUUCAACCUAUGAUUGAUGCGUUUACAGCUAUUGGCCCUGGUUAUAAAGGGCCAAGUUAUCAUGCCAUGAGAACUAAAUUACUGCUUGAUACUAAAAAGGAAGUUCAAUUAAUGGUUGAUAGUUUUAGAAACUUUUGGGAUGAUACUGGUUGUACAAUCAUGGCCGAUGGUUGGCAAGAUCAAGCAAAUAGGCAAUUGAUUAACUUUCUUGUCUAUUCUCCUAGGGGAAUUGUUUUUAUUAAAUCUGUUGAUGCAUCAGACAUAGUCAAGGAUGCCCAAAAUUUGUGCAACUUAUUCACUGAAAUGGUUGACUUUGUUGGAGUUACAAAUGUUGUGCACUUGGUAACUGAUAAUGCAGCUAAUUAUAAAGCUGCUGGGCGGUUAUUAUGUGAUAAAUUUCCUUCUAUUUUUUGGUCUCCUUGUGCUGCACAUUGUUUGAACUUGAUUUUAGGAGAUAUCGGUAAAACGGAUAUUGUGAUUGGCUUGGCAACACGUGCAUCUAUGGUGACAAAGUUUGUUUAUAAUCAUGCCUUUUUGCUUGCUUGGCUGAGAAAAAGAGAAGGUUGGACUGAAAUUAUUCGCCCUGGGGUGACACGAUUUGCUACCACUUUUAUUGCAUUGAAAAGUAUUCAUGAGCAUAAACAUGAUUUGCAAGCCUUGGUAACUAGCAAAGUAUUUUUAGAUUCUAGAUACUCAAAAGGAGAAAAGGCAAAGGAUGCGACUUUAAUAGUGCUAGACAAUCAAUUUUGGAAUGAUUGUAAAAUUGUAGUCCAAAUUGUUUCACCACUUAUUCGAUUGUUGAGGAUUGUUGAUGCUGAUGAGAGGCCUUCACUUGGGUAUGUAUAUGAUGGCAUGUACAGGGCAAGAAAAACUAUCAAGAAUAUAUUAAUGAAUAAAAAGCCCUUGUAUAAGCCUUACACAAGGAUUAUCAAGAAAAGGUGGGAUUCUCAACUUCGUCAGAAGCUUCAUGCAGCAGCUUAUUUCCUAAAUCCUGUGUUCUUUUAUGAUAAGCAGAGCUUUUCUAAAAAGCCAGAGGUUAUGGCUGGAUUUCUUGAUGUUUUGGAUAAGACAAUCACUUCUAACAAAACCAAGUUUGUACAAGAAAGUUUGUUGUAUCAAGAUAGAGUUGAUAGCUUCGGUCGUUCCUUGGCCAUUUCAUCUAUAAACUCAUUGCGGCCAAAUGAAUGGUGGAAAAUGUUUGGUGAUAGUGCACCAAAUGUUAAAAAAUUGGCAAUGAGACUCUUAAGCCAAACUUCAUCUUCAUCUGGUUGUGAAAGAAAUUGGAGUGUUUUUGAAAGAAUACACUCUAAAAAAAGGAAUAGGUUGGAGCAUAAAAGGUUAAAUGAUCUUGUGUUUAUUCAUUACAACCUUCGUUUGAGAAAUAGAGUUUAUAACAAGAAAAGAUCUUUUGAUCCUAUUGAUUAUGAAAGUAUUGGUGACAUUGAGUAUUGGAUCAUGGAAGAUGAAGAUUCUCCCACCCUUAAUUAUGAUGAGAUAGAAGAAGCUAUGCUUUAUGAUGAUACAAUAAUUCCACAAGUUUCUAUCAAUCAAGAUGAAGGUAAUAAUGAAGGAGGAGGCAAUGAGGUUUCGUCUGGGGGUGGAUGUUCAAUCAUAGAAGGACUUGAUUUGAGAUCUUUUGCCCAAGAAGAUGUUGAAACUUAUAGUUAUGAUGAUUUACGGGAAACUCAUGCUUGGCUUAAUCAGGAUCCACCAAUCUUUGAUAAGUCAUGA